AAGGUCGCCCACGCUCUCUCCUCGGCGCCCAACAGGCCGCGGGGACCCGCAGUUUCCAGGAGCAGCGCCCGUGCGUGAUGACGCACGUACGCGCGCGAAGACGUGAGGACGCCGGCGGGCCGUAGAGAGCGUUCAACUGUCUGUGUACCUCCCUGGAUUCCUAAAACCUGAGCACAUUUUCCCAUCACUGGGUUGAUAGCAGACCAUGCAGCGGAGAUCAAGAGGACUUAAUACUGGGCUUCUUCUGCUCCUUUCUCAAAUCUUCCAUGUUGGGAUCAACAAUAUCCCACCUGUCACCCUAGCAACUUUGGCUCUCAACAUCUGGUUCUUCCUGAGCCCUCUGAAGCCGCUGCAGAACUCCUGCCUUAGCGUGGAGAAAUGUUACCAGCAGAAAGACUGGCAGCGCUUACUGCUUUCUCCGGUUCACCAUGCAGACGACUGGCAUUUGUAUUUCAAUAUGGUAUCUAUGCUGUGGAAAGGAAUGAAUCUCGAAAGAAGACUAGGAAGUAGAUGGUUUGCCUACAUCAUCAUCACAUUCUCCCUACUCACUGGGGUGGUGUACCUGUUCUUGGAACUUGCUAUUGCAGAAUUAAUGGGUGAACCUGGUUUCCGAAGGAAUUGUGCUGUAGGUUUCUCAGGAGUUUUGUUUGCUUUGAAAGUUCUUAACAACCAUUAUUGCCCUGGAGGUGUUGUCAACGUUUUGGGCUUUCCUGUACCCAACAGAUUUGCUUGUUGGGCAGAACUUGUGGCCAUUCAUUUCGUCUCGGCAGGGACUUCCUUCGCCGGGCAUCUAGCCGGGAUUCUUGUUGGACUCCUGUACACUCACGGGCCUCUGAAGAAAAUCAUGGAAACAUGUGCAGGUUUAGGCUUUCUUCCCUCCAAUAGUGGUUACCCAAGACAGCAAUCCUACUUUAAUAAUUCAGGCUACGCUGGGUCUCAGGACUAUUACCCAUAUGGCAGGCCAGGUCAGCACGAAGAGGCUCCCAGGAACUAUGAUGCGUACACAGCAGGGCUGAGUGAAGAGGAGCAGCUGGAGAGAGCACUGCGAGCCAGCCUCCGGGACCGAGGAAACAGCAGAAAUAGCCCCCCACCCUACGGGUUUCGUCUCUCACCAGAAGAAGAAAUGAGGCGAAGACGGCUUUACAGAUUUGACAACCAUUGAGGAGGCACGGCUUCUGGAUCGACCGUGGUCCAGUUGGGCAUUAGUGCCCAUGGGGUCCCUCCCCCAAGCCCCCAGUCCAUGCUAACUGAAAGCAGGUGCCCUGUUGUCCUCCCACACUGCUCACAGCUGCCUGACCGGCCGUCCGGUGGCCCCAGGGAGUCUCGAUUCACCAGCAGAUUGACCUUGUUGAAUGC